AUUCGCUAGAAGUUCCAGCGCUCGGUCUCGUAAUUAGCGAUGGAAUCCCGCGACCUGAAACUGGUUAUCGAUACCAGCUCGCUCCUGUAUCCCCGCGAACUGCAAAGUUUCCAAAAUCUUGUCCGGCAGUCAGUUUGGAUCUAUUUACCCGCUAUUGUACUGGCGGAGCUCAAGAAACUCAAACGUGACCCAAGAACCCGACGGGGUGCUACGAACGCUUUGAACUACAUUGAGUCUGUGGCGGGAUCGGGAGGUUCUGUCCACAUCCAGUCUCCAGAGGACUGCAUUCGGCUGCUGCGAACAUUCUAUCCGCCGCGCGGGAGUGACUGUUAUCUCGAUGACUAUCCGUCACCCUGCGAUAACCUGAUCCUGCUGUAUGCACUGGAGCUGCGCCAUACCGCCCGUGAUCCUGUAUGGCUCAUCACGCAAGAUCAACAGUUGCGGGCCCGCGCCACUCGCAGCGGCCUGCAAUGCGUGGAUAUGUCAACCGCGCAAAUGGCGCUAGAAGUGGAGCGCUACGAUCAUCACUGUCCAAAGGGCAACGAUUACCAUGUGUGGACCUCAGGCAAGGAUUGCAGCUGCCAGAAUAUAGUCACGGUACAAUUCCCUCGGAGCGGAGUUGAGUUUUGGGCGGAGAGUGAGCGUCGACGCGAUAUGGCGUACCAGGAUGUUGUAGAGCACCGAGGAGAUUUUGGUCGCACCGGAUUGCGACGCUUUGCUCCUUAUGAUCCGCCUGCUGAGGAUUCUCGGCGCGCUUCUUGCGAGGAUUUGUCCGGUAUAACGUGGACACAUGGGCUAAUUAUGACUGGGCAGCCGCGUCGCGCCGCUUGCAGCGUUUUGUCCCGUUCGACCUGGAUUUCUGGAAAGGGAACAAUAACCGCCAGCCGCUGAGGAUCCGCACUCCGUCGCCGCCUCCUGUUCAUGAUCCGGCAGCGCUCGACCGCCUCCUCACGUUCCGGGAUAUAUUGUGUCCUCUCUUCGCUCUUUUCUUCGUCUCAGUCGUCUGUAUGUUUCGUGAAGCACCCGAA